GAAGAAGCGAAAUGCAGCCCCCACGGAAGAGUUCCUGCGAGUGGAUGUUCCUGGCCCUGGUGGCCAUCCUGGGUGUCGCCGUCGCCAGGAGUGCUCCUCGUCAGGCCAACGGCUACCUCUUUCCACUCGCUUGGAAGGAUCUAGCCGGCAGCUUCGGUUUCCCGGAGCAGGAGCAGCCGAGCCCCCCGGAGAGUCCCGAGCCACGGGGACUCUACGCCGCGGACCUGGACGAGCCCGACGCCCAGCAGGACCUACAGCAGGAGCUCCGGCAGGUGCUCCUCCUGACCUCCGGGUUGAGCCCCGUCCAGAUCGGGCAGCGGAGGAGGGCCGGCGGCCAAGGCGAAGGCAGAUUCCUCGGUCCUCGCGGCACCACCGUGGUGGUGAUCACCAGCGGCGGCUCCGGCGCAGUCAACAACAGCAACACCAACAACAUCGUGACCAACGCGACGGCGGUGCCCGCGUCCACGACCACGACGGGCACCCGCACCUCGGAGUUCAUCAGGGCGCCCAUCGGCUACCCCGUGCAGUACCCCCUGCAGACGCAGUACUUCCGCAGGCGGCAGGACGAGGGCUCCUCCUCCCCGGCUGCCCAGCUCUCCUCCCCGGCGCUCUCCUACCCGGAGCUCUUCGGCUGGGGCGACGCGGCGCUCUACGGCGGAGGAGGUGGGGGAGACUACGCGGGACUGGGCGUCCUCCCCGGAGGCUACGGCCUGCCCGGAGUCCCCCUGGUGCCCAUCACCGUCGGCAACGAGGUGCGCUACGUCCCCAUGAGCUUGCGCAUGUUCCGGCAGCUGGCCAGCGGUCCUCCGCUUCCGCUUCCGCCUGCGCCGGCCGUACGGGAGAGCGGCGACCAGGAGGACGGCGGCUUCGCCUCCGUUGCCGCCUUCGUUCCCGAGCUCACUGCUCACGAGGAGGAGGGCCCCGACGAGGAGUCGGAGGCGGAGACGGAGCCGGAGCCACUGGUCGCCACGGGUCACUCCGCCCCUGGGUUCGGCAUCCUGGGCCAGCGGCUGCGGGCUCGUCCGCCGACCAGGAGGCGUCCCCUCCAGUCCCUGGCACAGAACGUCCGCAGGGUGCAGUACCUCAGGCGGUGA